AGGGCUCCCCUGCAUUCACCACCUUCAUCAAGAAAUCAAGGAAAAUCUGAAGCACAAAGCCAUGGCGUUGAAAAGUAAGCUUCUUUUGGUUGCCUUGCUCUUGUCUGUUCUGUUUCUGAGUGUAUAUGUAGCUUCGGCUACGCAAGACCCAGAGUUGAAGCAGUGCAGGCACCAGUGCGAACACCAGCAAGGGUUUGAUUCAAAACAGAGGGAACAGUGUGAGCAAGGGUGUGACAAAUACAUCAAGCAGAAGAGGGAGGAAGAGAAACACAGAAGGAAAUCAGAAGGAGGAGGAAGCUUUUAUCCAAUACCAGAGACCGGACGUGCGCAAGAGGAGGAGGAGGAGUUUCAGGGUCGACAACAACAAGACCAAAAUCCUUACUUCUUCGAAGAUGAGCAUUUUGAGACCAGAGUUCAAACAGAGGAAGGCAGAUUUCAGCUUCUUCAGAAAUUCACUGAAAGGUCAGAUCUUUUGCGCGCCAUUGAGAAUUAUCGAAUUGGGUUUCUUGUCACUAAGCCACACGCAUUUGUAGCUCCAUGCCAUUUUGAUGCUGAUACUGUUCUCUUUGUUUUCCAGGGUCGACCAGCCGUUACCAUAGUUAGGGGAGAGAAGAGAGAGACCCAUAAUCUUGAACAUGGAGAUCUCUUUAGAAUUCCAGCAGGUACCCCUGUUUAUAUGGUCAACAGAGAUGAGAAUGAAAAGCUCUUCAUUGUCAAUUUCAUGAAGCCAGUCUCUGUUCCUGGUGAGUACGAGGCAUUUUAUGCCGCUGGUGGUGAAAACCCAGAAUCGUUUUUCAAAGCAUUCAGCCCACAAGUACUUCAAGCCGCUUUAAAGACGGAGAUAAAUAAGCUGGAGAGGUUAUUUGGGCAGCAGAGGCAGGGCAGCAUAACCAGGGCCUCCAAAGAACAAAUUAAGAAACUGAGCCAACAGCACGGCCAAGGUGGAAGCGAAGGCUUCUGGCCUUUCCAUGGUGGACAAUCAUCAAGUGAUGCAUUCAAUCUUUUCAGCAAGCAUCCCUCCCAAGCAAACAAAUUUGGCCGUCUCUUUGAAGCAGAUUUCAACGACUUCAAGCAGCUUCAAGACCUCGACCUCCUCGUCUCCUUCGCCAACAUAACCCAAGGGGCUAUGGUGGGCCCAUACUUCAACUCGAGAGCCACAAAGAUCUCUUUUGUGCUAGAUGGAGAAGGCUACUUUGAGAUGGCAUGUCCUCAUGUUAGCUCAACCGGAAGACAAGAGCCGCAGCCGCAGCCGCAGCCGCAGCAGAGACGGAAGAGCAGCCCAAGGUACCAGAAAAUAAGCGGAAACUUGAGGCGUGGGGCGGUUUUUGUUGCACCAGCUGGUCACCCAAUGACAGCCAUAGCCUCGAGGAAUAGCAACCUGCAAAUCAUCUGUUUUGAGGUCAAUGCUCAUGACAACAUCAGGGUCCCUCUGGUAGGGAAGAAGAAUGUGGUGAGCCAGUUUGACAGGGAAGCCAAACAGCUGGCUUUCAAUGUGCCUGCAAGAGAAGUGGAUCGCAUCUUCAAUAACCAAGACGAUGAGUUCUUCUUUGAGGGACCAAAUGAACAGCCUGAACAUGGACGUGCUUUUGCAUGAAAAAAGGGGGAAGUUGGAGGGGCUUUGAAGUUCUUCUUUCUAAGUAGAGGUUUUUGUUAAGCCCUAAGUAGAGGCUGCUGCAGUUUUGUGGUUCUGAGAUAAUAUUGUAUAUAUUAACCUGCUGGUAAGGUGAGAAUGUGUAAGAGUGUCUACCAAUGUAAAUUUUGGGUUGUAACCUUAAAUAAAGAGAGAGACUUUCUGCUAAGUUAA